AUGAUCGAAGCCCUCUGCGAGCACCUGUCUGAAAAGCCCGAUGAAUUCCGCACCCUAGUCACAACCUCCAGUAUCAGACGGGUUGUUCUUGCCAAAGGUUGGUCUAAAAAGUGCACUCGACAGCAAGUGAGGGAGCGAAAUGCCGAUGAUACUACUCCGGGCUAUUCAUGGGCAAUAUUGUCGUAUACUUUGGAAGCUGGCUCUGGAGAUGCUCACCAAAAUUGCUGUUAUAGCGGACUACUAUAA